CAAGUCCACAUUUUCUUUAUCGACUUGGACAUACUCCAUUGAUUCAUCAUAUUCUGGUGGCAGUUGUGCUAUGAAAUGCAAUUAUGCAAGUUAUUAUUUCUUCGGAUCCCCUCUCCAAGUGAUCAUUGACAUAUUUGAAUUCUGAACCAUAUAAUAUUUUUAGGCAUAAAUGUAUAUAUACAUUUGUGUGUCAAGUUAUUGGUGGAUGCUUAAAAGUUAGUGCAUUUGGUGAAAUUUCAUCAAAUGUGAACACUGAACACAUAUUUUGCAGCGUAGAGAAAUGGAAGACUAUGUUAUAAAGACAAUUGUUGUUGGGGUAGUGUCAUGGACAUCAGCUUUUGUGAUAGCGAGAAGAAUAAUAUUUCCCAAACGCUCUUUUGAUUUCUGCAACCGCGUUGUGUCCACUCUCCAUGCAACUUUGGCAGUAACAUUGGCUUGGCUCUCUGUUGAAGAUUGGAGGUGUCCAAUCUGUCCUGUGGGUUCAAAAUCUUCACCCAAACAGAUGCAAGUCCUAGCAGUGAGUCUUUCUUAUCUCAUUUAUGAUCUUGCUUGUUGUCACUUUGGUGAAAGAGUCACUCUAGAUAACACAGUCCACCAUUUGGUAAGCAUUGUUGGUAUUGGAGCAGGUCUUUCCUAUCAGAAGUGUGGCUCAGAAAUGGUAGCAACAAUAUGGAUAACAGAGAUAUCAAGCCCAUUCUUGCAUUUAAGGGAGCUUUUAAAAGAGCUUGGUUACAGAGAUACCCUCCUUAAUUUGGUUGCUGACAUUCUAUUUGCUGCCAUAUUUACAUUUGCUAGGAUGGUGGUCGGACCGUGUAUCACAUACGUAACUUUAUCAGCCAACUAUCCACUUCUCAUAAAGGCUAUGGGAUUGGGUUUGCAGCUGGUAAGUGCAUUCUGGUUCUUCAAAAUUGUAAGAAUGAUAAAACACAAAUUAACCAAGAGAACAACAAAAAAAGAGGUGAACCACGCCAACAACGCGACGGAGACUGCCAACUCAAAGUUGCACCGAAGUUAGCAAUCCUCGCUCAAGAAUUUGACAUUAUGUUCCGAUGAGCGAGACGUGGGACAAAAGGAUACUUCAAUCAGUUAAAUGUAAACAAUAUAUGUAUUUUUGCAGUAGCUCAGCAGCUGAAUUUGAUUGGUUUGUGUACCUGGGCCACAUCCAUUUCGUACAUUAAUUUUACACGAUUCUGAUAGACAAAGUUGAUUGUAAAUUUUUUUUCAUAAGUUAGACUUCAC